UCUGUUACGGUUUGAUGGCUGCCAGACGCCAGUGCCUAGCAGCGUAUUUGUCCCGCCUCCUAGUUGCUCAACGCUAACCUUAAAAUACGAAGGCAGUGAGAAGAAGCAUAUAAUUAUCGUCCAAACUUCGAGCAACAAAACCAUUUUGAGUAUGCUCCAGAGGCUCGCUGCGACCCAGCGGCGGCCUGCUGCUGCUCCUCUGGCGGCAGCGGUACGAUGCAUCUCCUCGGGCUCAGUAGACAUCACAGUCCCGCUGAACUUCUGGGCUGGGAGGAGACGGACGAGCAAAGAGAAAUGCAACAAGGAAAAUGUUUAUGAACCUGCAACGGGGCGAGUCUUGUGCCAUUUGGAGCCAUGUGGUGCUGUGGAGGUAGAUGAGGCUGUGGAGUCUGCCAAGUCGGCCUUUGGCCAUUGGAGCAAAAUGUCUGGGAUGGAGAGGGCAAGGAUAAUGAUAGAAGCUGCUCAUAUCAUAGAGAGCAGGAGAGAGAACAUUGCUGAAAUGGAGGUGGUCAACAAUGGGAAGUCCAUCACAGAGGCCCGUCUGGACGUGGACUCGGCCAGGCUGUGUAUAGAGUACUACGCAGGGCUGGCCUGCACUCUGGCGGGCCAGCAUAUCCAGUUGCCAGGGGGAUCCUUUGCCUACACCCGCAGGGAGCCCCUGGGCGUCUGUGUCGGCAUCGGUGCUUGGAAUUAUCCUUUUCAGAUAGCUGCCUGGAAAUCAGCUCCAGCCCUGGCCUGUGGCAACUCCAUGGUGUUCAAGCCAUCACCAGUGACGCCUGUGACUGCAGUCAUGCUGGCAGAGAUCUAUGCCGAGGCUGGAGCUCCAGAGGGCCUGCUCAACGUAGUGCAGGGUGGCCAGGAGACUGGCAGCUUACUCUGCCACCAUCCUGACGUCGCUAAGGUGUCCUUUACUGGGAGUGUGUCCACAGGCAAGAAGAUCAUGGAGAUGGCAUCCAAGGGGGUGAAGCCUGUGACUCUGGAACUUGGGGGGAAAUCUCCUCUGCUCAUCUUUCAGGACAGCGAUCUGGAGAACGCUGUCAGGGGAGCUCUCAUGGCUAACUUCUUGUCUCAAGGCCAGGUGUGCAGCAACGGUACGAGGGUUUUUGUUCAAAAGAAUAUUCUGCCUGAGUUUGUGGAGGAGGUGGUGAAGAGGACACAGGCGAUCGAAAUAGGAGACCCACUGUUGGAGAGCACCCGAAUGGGAGCUCUGGUCAACCAGCCACACCUGGAAAAAGUUCUAUCAUUUGUUGAUCAGGCAAAGAAAGAGGGAGCUACAGUGUUGUGUGGAGGUGAACCUUUUGUCCCGUCAGAUCACAAACUCAGAGGUGGAUACUACAUGACUCCAUGUGUAUUGGGUGACUGCACGGAUGAGAUGACCUGUGUGAAGGAGGAGAUCUUUGGUCCUGUCAUGUCUGUGUUGUCUUUUGAAACAGAAGAAGAGGUGCUGCAUAGAGCUAAUAACACCACCAUGGGUCUGGCUGCAGGAGUUUUCACCAGGGAUGUGAUGCGAGCCCAUCGUGUAGUGGGACACCUCAAAGCUGGUUCCUGCUUCAUUAACAACUACAACAUCACUCCUGUGGAGGUGCCUUUUGGAGGGUUCAAAAUGUCAGGCAUUGGGCGGGAGAACGGUCAAGUGACAGUUGAACACUACUCCCAGCUGAAGACUGUGUUUGUGGAGAUGGGAGAUGUUGACUGCCUGUUCUAGGACACACACACAUCAAGAGGAAGGUGGAGCUGUGACAGUGACCCGGAGACUGAAAACAGACGGUCUGGACCAAAACACUUCAGGGAAAGACCAUCUAACGUUAGUAUUCAAAGUGAUGAAAAACAAGCCUGGACCAAGGUACCCUGUCUUGAAAAUGAGCCGUGACAUUUUAAAAAAACAUGUUCUGAAAUGUGAGAUAAAUGUAAUACCAAGUCAAUACUUUUAUCCGUGCCAAAUGUAUUGAAUUAAAGAUUGUUUUCAUAUAUAUAUAUAUAUAUAUAUAUAUAUAUAUAUAUAUAUAUAUAGUCACAUACUGUGAUGUUUGAUUUGCACUGUUUCUUGCUUAAUAUGUUCCUUCGUCCAUGUGCAGAAUAACAUUUAUAG